AUGCUGAAAUUAUGUUCUCGUGUCUCUUCUAUCAAGUAUCAUUAUCAACUACGUGUUAGUUAUGAAUUACAAAUGUAUGUUCUCAAAUCGUUGAGAGAUUUAUUAUUAUUAGCCCUGGAAUUUUUCAUCGAAAACACCAUGGUACAAGUCGUAUCAACUCUUCGGCACAAUCGUACUCCAUUACGUGACCUUGGCUAUGAGUUUCUAGUGUAUAUCAAUGCGGAUAGAAUCGCUUUCUUUAACGAUCCAGUUAGUGUAGAACAUUUGGCUAUUAUCUGGGUAAUUUUCUGUUUUCUACAUGGUACUAAAGGUUUAACCGUUAUUCAGAAAGGUGCACGGUGUCUGACUAUCGCUCGUUCACUACGCAUUUGUAUGUUCUCAUUAACGCUUCUGCCAUCUCCAAAGCCUUGGUGUCGUUUUACUGGUCCUAUCAAUCCAUUCCGAGCGCAUGUUGGCGGUAUUUGCAAUGACUUACUCUACAGUGGACACGUUGUUAUCUACACAUUGACAGCAAUCUCAUUUACACUUCUAUCUCGAGAAUAUUCCCUGAAACUCUUACGUUUUAGUCUACGAAUUUUCACGUGGUUCUACGUGUUUCAGAGAAUUAUAUGCACAAUAUUAGAACGACAUCAUUAUUCUAUAGAUAUGGUUCUAGGUUUUAUUGUCACAAUAUUAAUAUGGCAGUGCAAAGCGUUACACAGGGAUCUGCCUAGGGUGCCACACAAUUUAUUUUUACAUUUAAAACAAUUGUUUUGCCCAAAAGUUUAUUCGAUUCUCAAAGAAGUGUAG